AUGGCUAGCUUGAGCUUCAUCAUUGGCAUUAUAGGGAAUAUAAUCUCUAUACUGGUUUUUGCUUCUCCCAUGUAUUACAAACUUGCCAAUGGUAUUGAAAUUCAGGUUAAAUCUAUGAAGUUGGUGGCAAUAUUCGAUGUUGGGUUUCUUGGGGCAGUAAUAGCUGUGACUCUGCUAGCAAUCCAUGGAAGUCUAAGGUUUACCUUUGUGGGCAUUUUAUGUGCAGCAUUGACUAUAGGCAUGUAUGCAGCACCUCUAGCUGUCAUGAGAAUUGUGAUAAAGACGGCGAGUGUGGAGUACAUGCCUUUUUUCCUAUCAUUUUUCCUCUUCCUCAAUGCUGGAGUUUGGUCUGUCUAUGCUUUCCUUGUCAAGGAUUUUUUCGUUGGAGUAAGUUUUCUUAUAUUUUUUUAAAAUGUGUUUUUAAAAUUCUAAAAUCACUUUUCAAUAUUUGCAUUUAAAAAAAAUAAAAAAUGAAGCUGCUAGACCAUUUGAACUUGUAAUGUCAUAUACCCAUUUCAUAGUUUUGCAUCUUGC